GGUAUUGUUAUUGUUGUUAAAAUGGCGACCGGAGGAGGAGAGGCCCCCGAGUCUUGGUACCUUGCCCUGUUGGGAUUUGCAGAACAUUUUAGGACAUCUAGCCCCCCGAAGAUUCGUCUUUGCGUGCAUUGUCUCCAAGCCGUUUUUCAGUUCAAGCCGCCGCAAAGGGUCGAAGCCCGAACUCACCUUCAGCUGGGUUCUGUCUUAUACCAUCACACUAAGAAUAGCGAGCUGGCCCGGAAUCACUUGGAAAAAGCGUGGUUCAUCUCACAACAACUCCCUCAAUUUGAAGAUGUUAAAUUUGAGGCAGCAAGUCUUCUGUCUGAGUUGUACUGUCAACAGAACCUGGUGGACUCUGCGAAGCCUCUUCUGCGUAAGGCCAUCCAAAUCUCCCAGCAGACUCCAUACUGGCACUGCAGACUGCUGUUUCAGCUCGCUCAACUACACACUCUGGAGAAGGAUCUGGUGUCUGCCUGUGACCUGCUGGGUGUCGGGGCUGAAUAUGCCAGAGUGGUGGGCUCUGAGUACACUAGGGCACUGUUCCUCCUAAGUAAAGGCAUGCUAUUGCUUAUGGAACGGAAGCUGCAGGAGGUGCACCCGCUGCUGACUCUGUGUGGUCAGAUCGUGGAGAACUGGCAGGGCAACCCCAUCCAGAAGGAGUCCCUCCGCGUCUUCUUCCUAGUGCUGCAGGUCACACACUACCUGGACGCCGGGCAGGUGAAGAGUGUGAAGCCCUGUCUGAAGCAGCUGCAGCAGUGCAUCCAGACCAUCUCUACUCUCCAUGACGACGAGAUCCUGCCUAGCAACCCUGCAGACCUCUUCCACUGGCUCCCUAAGGAGCACAUGUGUGUGCUGGUCUACCUGGUGACGGUUAUGCAUUCGAUGCAAGCUGGGUAUCUGGAGAAGGCCCAGAAGUACACAGACAAAGCUCUUAUGCAGCUGGAGAAGCUCAAAAUGCUGGACUGCAGUCCUAUUCUCUCCUCGUUCCAAGUCAUCCUUCUGGAACACAUCAUCAUGUGCCGCCUGGUCACUGGACACAAGGCUACUGCCCUGCAGGAGAUCUCACAGGUCUGUCAGCUGUGUCAGCAGUCUCCACGUCUUUUCUCCAACCACGCAGCUCAGUUACACACACUACUGGGUCUGUACUGCAUCUCUGUGAACUGCAUGGACAACGCUGAAGCCCAGUUCACCACUGCACUGCGGCUCACCACGCACCAGGAGCUGUGGACCUUCAUCGUCACCAACCUGGCCAGCGUCUACAUCAGAGAGGGCAACAGACACCAGGAGCUCUACAGCCUGCUGGAGAGGAUAAACCCAGACCACAAUUUCCCAGUCAGCUCCCACUGCCUGCGUGCGGCUGCCUUCUACAUAAGAGGUCUGCUCUCCUUCUUCCAGGGGCGCUACAACGAGGCCAAGCGGUUCCUGAGGGAGACACUGAAGAUGUCCAACGCUGAGGAUCUGAACCGUCUGACGGCCUGCUCCCUGGUGCUGCUUGGACACAUCUUCUACGUGCUGGGGAACCACAGGGAGAGCAAUAACAUGGUGGUGCCGGCCAUGCAACUGGCCAGCAAGAUCCCUGACAUGUCUGUCCAGCUGUGGUCCUCUGCAUUGCUGAAGGACCUAAACAAGGCGUGUGGGAACACCAUUGAUGCCCAUGAAGCAGCACAAAUGCAUCAGAACUUCUCUCAGCAGCUGCUGCAGGACCACAUAGCUGCCUGCAGCCUGCCUGAACACAAUUUAAUAAGUUGGACAGAUGGGCCUCCUCCAGUGCAGAUCCAAGCUCAGAAUGGACCAACAACCAGCCUGGCCAGUCUUCUCUGAGACUUUAAUGCACACGUGCACACACUUGCAUACACUCACAUGAACUACUCUUGCCCAGAUGCACACUCACACGCGCACGCACACGCGCACGCACACGUGCACACACACAGACACACACAUAAUCAUGUUGGCCUCUGCUGAAUUUUUCUUUUAAGAAUUUCAGAUUUUUUGUCAUUUUAAAUUUUGCUCCUUCACUACGUUGCACCAUGUGCCAAUUCCUACGGUAGCCAUUGAUCUGGGCUAUUGCACACGCUCAGGCUGACUCUGAUGGGCUGCUGGGUAGAUUUGGUGCCUCAGCUGAUAGGAUUAGAGACCACAGGCUUUCCAUCUGCCCUCUGAUUGGCUGCCUGGCCUGAUUGAGCUCCGAAUGUGCCCUUUUGCCAUUUCUGUGAGGUUUUGUUCUGUCCCUGUUGACUCCUACCCGUGAGCACCCCCUGCAGGUGAAGGCUGCUGUGUAAAGCACGGCCUCCUCACGUCUCCGUCGCAGCCUGGAAGGAAAAAACGCUCGUUUUCAUUUUAUAGACGCCUAUUUUUUUAAAUUUUGUACAUUAUAUUCCUCUCUGGGGACACUUAUUUACCUGUUUUGUGUUGCAUUCAUCAUGCAUAUGAAAUAUUAGAGGUUAUAUGUAGUGAUUCACUAUUUUUGUGAGAGAUGUUAUAAAAGUUUUUUUCAAAGUUUUUUUUUUUGUAAAAGGAGCAUUCCGGCAUAAUAUUGUCUGAUAUGUUAUUUGUUUAUUUUUUACAGUGUACUGCUACUGCUGCUGAAAUAGCUUGUUUUCAUUACAUAUACACACCAACUAUUACAGUAAACUGAAAAGUGAUCAAAAAAAGGCACAGGAAAUACAUCACAGGGAAUAGUUUCUCUGUUCUGAUCUCAUUUCCUGCUCGUACAGAUUUUGAAGGCUCUUUUACCAAAGAUCCUUGAAUACUAAUUGCUCUGCUUCAACCCUCUCUGCAUUUACUGAGUAGCGUAACAGCACAGAAUCCCAGUGCAGGUCUAGUAUACGGAACAUGCAAAGUAUGUGUUUGUGUGUAUGUAUGCAGUGUCUGUCUUUCUUUAACACGUGUUGACAGUCGUCACACACACACACACACCAACAUAACUGUAUUUGUAGACAGCUCAGUGGUCGCUGCCCUUUGCCAUAUGUGCUGCUGUCCGUUUGGUUCCUUCCUGUCUGCCUCUUCACCUCUCUGGGUCUCACGGUGUCUCCUCACAGUGCGGCUCCACUGUGUAAUACGGGCGGUUGCCAUGCAACCUCAAAACAAAAUGGAGGUCAUUUUACAUGGCACCCAAGCACCCAAAUCAGUUGCUGUUGUUGUUUUAGCCAGAAGACCAGCUAGUCUGUGAUGUUUCUCUCUGAUGUUGGCACACUCUCUAAUGUGGCUACCAAGAUCCAAGUGACUCUCCUCUGAACUGUUAAACAUUACCAAUCACCUUGAGACAAGGCCAUGUGAAGAGAGCUUCCCCACUUACACAAUGACCCAGUCCCAGUAUUAGGUUUGUGAUUUAGGGAGCCGUUUAUCGUCCACUACUAGUCAUGUUUAACUCCGAUGAUGUGGUGUUUGGGCCGGAAUGCUCCUUUGAAAAGCUUGUUAUAAGGAAGAGAACAAACAAAUCAACAAACAACAAUCGCAUUGAGUUACAUAUAUGUGCUGCUUCGUCAGAGCUGACAGACAUGAAAUCUCAAGACGAGGGUUUCCAACCGACCAUGGUGUUGAUUUAAAACCAUUUCAUCCCUAUGACCUCCUCUUGAUGAUUGUGGAGAGCUUUCACAUCCCGUGUUAGUUAUUAAAAGCGCUGUUGGAAAUGUGCUGUUAGACGCUGCUGCUGGGCUGGGCUUGCAUGUUGAACACUUGAGGGUGUCAGCCAGUAGAGGGCACCAGUGAGCCAAGUUUGGCUUGCAGAUAGCGACAGGCCUGUCUGCUCCUAAUGCCUUUUGUAGUAGCCUACUCGUCAGACAAUAUUUGCAGUACUUUUUAAAGUGUACACAUUGUCACAUUUGUUGGAAAGGGUGAAAAAUCUUUUCAGACUGCCACAAUUUUAUUGUAUUUUUGUCUGUAUUUUCUUCAUUGUCAGAAGAUGUUAUUUUUUUUGUUACCGCAUUUUUUUUGUGCUGAUCAUGGUAGAGCAGUAGCCUACUAGUUCCUUUUAAAGAUAUUUAUCUCUAGUUCUCUGUUGUUUAACACAGACCCAUUUGUUACAUUUUCUACAAUUUGAAUAUUUAUACACUACUCUCAACAAUAUCUUCAAUUGCCAUUAUUUUCUUGUGUGACCGCUGUAUUUCUCCAGAAUAUUUAGUAUGUAUAAAUAUUGCGAGAAAAUAAUUGCAUCAGGUUCUUUCCAGACUUGUAUGUGUUAACGUUUAUGACGGUGAAGCCACAGUGAGAUACAGGAAGAGCCACACCAGGCCUAUGGGCUCCGACCGUGCCAGGCCUCAGUUCGGAUCUGACCCGAUUCAACUGGGAAGCAGAAUUUUCUGCUCUCUCCAUGUUUCUCUGUUUCUUCCUCGCUCUCUCUUUCUCCCUUUCAUGAAGCUGUUCUCUCUCUUUCUUCCUUUCUCUUGUAAAGCCUUUAUCUUUCUCUGUCUCA